GCGGGUAUGCACACACACUGGGGCAUGCGAAUGUCAUAACAAAAGACGAUCUUUGAUAAUAAUACUAUUGCAUAGUUGAAAAAAGCAAUGUUUGUUUAAUAGAAGUUAAUGCAGUUUUCAAGGGGCCUCCAGUGAGGAUUUGGACUAAGGGUGAGGUUAUCAACUGAUGCUAAGCGGAAGUUCAGCUUAUAGUGAGGCGAGUUGUGACCCGACCAUGGCGUCCUUGCAGGACUACGAAAUAGGAGCAGCUAGAAAACAUGUUAUUUGGCGAACAUGUAUGUUCCUCUUCUGCGUCCUUGUAAUUCUGAAGGCGCCACAGCCAGUACUCGCCAAGAAGGAUAAUCUCAGAGAAAUAACAGACGGAAACUGGGAAGACAUACUGACCGGAGAAUGGAUGAUAGAAUUCUUUGCCCCGUGGUGCCCUGCAUGUCGGCAACUGCAGCCAGUGUGGGGAGAGUUUUCCGAGUGGGGGGAGGAUCUGGGCGUCAACAUCGCCAAAGUGGACGUCACUGAGCAGCCAGGACUGAGUGGCCGAUUCAUCAUCACCUCCCUUCCUACCAUCUACCAUUGUAAAGAUGGCGUAUUUCGGAGGUACCAGGGACCACGUACCAAAGACGACUUCAUGAGCUUCAUUGAUGAGAAGAAAUGGCAGAAUAUCGAACCAGUGUCCUCUUGGUUCGGUCCAUCCUCCUUUAUGAUGAACACCAUGUCGGCGCUCUUCAAGCUCUCCAUGUUCAUACGGCAUUGCCAUAACUAUCUGACGGAGCAGCUGGGCAUUCCUGUGUGGGGGUCCUAUGUGAUCUUUGCCCUGGCCACACUUUUCUCUGGCCUUGUCCUUGGGCUGAUACUGGUGUUCAUCGCAGACUUUGCCUUCCCGUCAAGAAGAUUACAAAGUAACCACUACCAAAGGAAGCAGCUGUCUGAGCAGGCGCGACUGCGGCACCAGAUAGAGGACGAGCAGAUGGCCGACGUAGAAGAAGAUGAUGAAGAGGACGAGGACGAGGAGGAUGAGAGCGGCUCACGGGAGGACCUGUGGCGCAAGGGCCGCGGCUCCCCUGAGGGUCGCCCCGACACCUUCGGUGACGAGGCACUGAGGAGGAGGGUGCUGGCUGCUCGCCAGGAGGAGGAAGAGGACACCUAAAGGAGGCACUUAAGCGGCCGAGCUGUAAACCUGUGCCUCGCCAUGGCAACUCCAAUCAGCAGCUCUCUUUUGGGAGGGAGGGGAGGGAGAGGGACAGGGAGGGGGAGGGGGAGGGGGGGGCGGGCUGAAGAGGCGGAGUCUAAAGCCCUGAAAAUAAAAACCAACACCACCAACACCACUGAAACUAAUGCCGAGGAGAAGCGCCGAAGCCGCAAAACAGCAGCAGCAGCAGCAGCAGCAGUGUUUACAGACGCAGAGCUGGUACUGAGGCCCUGGCAAACCCUAUGCUGGCAAUGCCUCGCUUACUGCAGACCUCUGUCUCUCUGCCAGCCCAUGCCAGGAGCCAUGCUGGACUCUACCGACCUUUCACUCAAACACAUCCUCUCUCGCCACCAAAGUCAACACUUCAAGCAUCGAUUAUUAUUUUUCUUUUCUUUAAAAAAAAAAAAAAUCUGAAUGGGUAAAGCGGGGGAAGAAGGGUGUUGGCUGAGGUUGAGGUUUUAUUCUACUGUUGUUAAGAUACUGUUUAUUUCAUGUUUGUGUCUCCUACCCAAGUGUUACGAUUUAUGGACCGCCAGAUAUCCUAUGCAUCACUCCACUCUUCCCUUGUGUCUGUAGAACCUUGCCAUUCCAGAUACUUUCAACACCUUUGAACACAUUGAACAACCUCCAACACAAUGUACACAAGUUUUGCAUGCACAUGUACAACCACACAAACUGUGUUUUGCCCAGCAUUUGUGCUUAACAUCUGUCCAUAUGAAGGUUUGUGUAUUGUGUGAGUGCACAUGUGCAUCGGUGUGUGUGUGUGUGUGUGUGUGUGUGUG